AUGAAUCCAUCAAAUGAUACAAUAGAAUCAUCAUCACCAAAAUCAACAAUGAUCAGUCCUUCAUUGGAAAGAUCGCCAAAAGAUACGCCAGUCAAUAUGAUACCGGCUGGUGCAAUGAUGGGUUUGGCAAAGUCAUCGUCAUCAUCGACAUCGUCGAAUGUAUCUGGAGGUGGAGGUGGUAGUAGUAGGGACAAUAGUAGAGAGAAUAGUAGAUCGAGAAAUGAACCACCUUCAUCAUCAUCACAAAGAUCGGCUACAUCAACGACGACAUCAGGUGGAGGUGGAGGUGCACGACCACAACAACAACAGCAACAACAACAACAACAACCUGAAAGAAGAAGAGAUAGUAGAGAAAGAGAAAGAUUGUCAAAGGAUAAUAUUGGUGGUGGAAGAGGAGACAGAGAUAGAGACCGCGAUAGAGACAGAGAUAGGGAUAGAGGAGACCCACGUGACAGAGACAGAGAUCGCGAUAGAGACAGAGAUAGAGGAGACCCACGUGACAGAGGAGGAGAUCCACGUGACAGAGAUAGAGAUGCCAGGGAUAGAGAAAGAGAUAAUAGAGAGCAGCGUGACAGAGGAUCUCUGACUACAUCUGGCACGGGAAGUGCAUUAUCCAGCCCCACUUUAAUGGGAGGGUUGAGUAGCAGCAAUUCGUCCAUACCUCCUCCUCCACAACAACAACAACAACAACAACAACAACAACUACAGACUGCAGGGGGAGGAGGUGGAUCAUUGUCAUCGUCAACAUCAUCACUCAAGAUGAGCAAGGAAAUAGACAAGCCAAAGGAUACUACUUCUACUACUUCUACUUCUUCUACAACGACUGCUGCUGGAAAGCGGUCACCACGUGAAGGAGACCGUGAUCGUGAUAGAGAUAGAGACAGAGACCGUGAAAGAGACCGUGAUAGAGAUCGUGAUAGAGACCGUGACAGAGACAGAGACAGAGAUCGUGAUAGAGAUAGAGACCGCGAUAGAGACAGAGAUCGCGAUAGAGACAGGGAUCGCGAAAGAGACCGUGACAGAGACCGUGAUAGAGAUAGAGAUCGCGACAGAGACAGAGAUAGAGAUGGCAGAGGUGGUGGUCGUGACAGAGAUAGAGACCGUGACAGAGACAGACGGGAUGGUGGUCGAGACAGUCGAGACCGACGAGGAGGAGGAGACAGAGAUCGCGACAGAGACAGGGAUCCACGUGAUCGAGACAGAGACCCUCGGGACCGUGACAGAGAUAGAGACAGAGACCGCGACAAUCGAGAUAGAGAUCGCGGCGAUACUCGGUCAGGUGGAGGUGGUGGAGGUGGUAAACCUGGAUCAUCAUCAACAUCCGGGUCAUCAUCAACCAUAUCAAAAUCAUUUUCAUCUUCGAAUAUUGGUAAACAAGGAGGUGGAGGAGGAGGGUUGCAUUCCUCUUCUUCAUCAUCUUUCAAUAAUAAUAAUAAUAAUAACAAACAAUCACAAUUUAACAAAAAAAACAAUAAUGUAUCAAACAACAAAAAGAAAAGACAAAGAAAGAACCGGUUGGCAAGACAUCGACAAAAACAACAACAAAGACAGAACCACCAUGACAACAACCAUGGCAGUAGUGAUGAAAGUAACACAUCAUCAUCGUCAUCGUCAUCGUCAUCAUCAGAGGAUGAAGACUCGUCGUAUGGUUCGUCGUCGUCGUCGUCCAACUCGUAUUCUUCGGGUAGUGAGGAAGGGUCGUCUAGCCAGAGCAACAGCGAUAGCGAUAAUGGUGGAAGCAGUGAUGGUGACUCGAGUGGGUCAGAGGAUGGUAGCUCCAACAGUGGCAGUGACAGCGAUAGCGAUCAAGAUGACCGUGCAUUGGUCAGUGGUCUCCAAACUCGACGAAAACUAAUCAAAAAGAUUACCAAAGAAAAUGCACCACCUCCACCACCAUCAUCCACUAUUUCCAAAGAAUCGUCGACACCACCACCACCAUCAUCAUCAUCAGUCUCUGCAACAUCAACACCAACAUUACCAAUUGAAAAGAUGGAUAAUAAUAGUUUUAAAGAUCAACCUGCCAAACCAACCAAUAUUUUAAAUGUUAAAUCAUCUGCAAUAUCAUCAUCAUCAUCGUCAUCUGUGGCACCAUCAACAAGUGUAGCACAACAACCACCUCCAACAGCAACGGUAACAACUACAACAUCUACAUCUACAACAUCAACACCAAUUACAUCACCAUCAAAAAGUAAAAAGGGUCAAGUCACCAAAUCAAAAGUAGAAAAAGUGAUGGUGGUUGAAGAAAAAGAUUCUAAAAUGAAUAUUGAUACUACAAGUACUAGCAGUAGUAGUAGUGGUCAAUCACCUGUAAACACAAAAACAAAUAGUAGUAAUAAUAAUAAUAGUUUGGAUGAUGAAGAUGAAGAAUUGGAUUUAUCAGAUCAAGAGAAUAGAAAGACUUUCCAAGAUGAAAUGGCAUAUGAAAUUUAUACAGAUAUAUUGGACGAAGUAUUAUUAGAUCUUUAUUUUGAAGUUCAUAAAAAUUUACAUUUUACUUCAAAAUUAAAUAAUAACGGUAAUAAUAAUAAUAAUAAUAAUAGUAAUGGUAGUAAUGAAAUAAUUAAAAGACCAGGAGUUGAUAUUUAUGGACAAGUAUCAAAGAAUCAAACAGAUACAUUUGAAUGUGUUAGAUGUGAAUCAUCGGUUAUUUCAUCAAGAUAUGCACCACAUCUUGAGAAGUGUAUGGGUAUUGGUAGAACUACAAGAUCAACAAGAAACAAACAAAAUAAUGAAUUAUUGACAACUCUCUAUGGUAAAGGUAGUGGAAAUAAUCAUAAUGAAGUUGAAAAAAAUAUGUCACCAUAUGUUUCAGAAGAUUCAGAUGAAGAUUAUGAUCCACGUGGUGGUAAAGGUGCAACAAAAAGAAAGGUUAAAAAACAAACUUAUUCAUUAGAUUCAAUUAAAGCAUUACCAUACGAUAAAAUUCAAGCAAUAUUAAAGAGAAUGUGUGGAGUGGUAUCAAGCAAUACAGGUAAACUGUGUGCCAAGACGUUAAAGUGUCCUCAACAUACAGAAGAGCAGAGAGACGAGGUUCGAUUAAAGUUGCAAAAAUCAGCCACUCGUAAACCUGGUAGUGGAAGACCAAGAAAAUAUCCACUCCCAACACAAUCAUCAUCUGGCAACGAUGAUCAAGAUCUUUCAUCAAGUGAAUUUGUAGAUGUAGAAGGUGAUGAAAAUGAAAGGAGUUUAAAACGAAAUAAAUACUCUUAA